UUGAAGAGUUCCUUCAGUAAAGCCUUCUCACGGAAAAAGUCAAAAUCGAGCUCACUUUCAGAAGCAGAACCAGACUUCUACACCUUAAGGUCAAAUGUCUCUGCACCAAACUCUCCACUUCUACAGCUGGGUCACAUGGGAGGUCCAUCUAUGAAAGUUUCACAAUCUUCAGGAGCACUCUGUGACAAUGAUGUCAAUGCUUUAAAGCAAGCUUUGAGGGACAAGGACAUGAAGCUGACAGAUAUCCGACUGGAGGCUCUCAGCUCUGCUCACCAACUUGAACAACUCAGAGAAACUAUGACUAUGAUGAAAAAUGAAAUGAGUGCCUUGAAGGCUGACAAUGACCGCCUGCACAAACUGAUGUCCACAUCCCCUUCAACUAGAACUUUGAAUAUGUCCCAUGUUCCCAUGUCCCCUCACCACACCAGAAGCAGCACUGACUCCUUAGACAGGUCCUUCAGCAUGACUGACCACAGCAGUUUGGAUAUGUUACUUGCAGAAACAGCUGCUAUUGACCGGGAUGGUAAAAGGGUUACUAUUUCUGUGGUUCUAGGUUCAAAUCCUAGUCCAACAAGACCAGGUUUAGAUAAACCUGCAGAAGUUCUCAUAGGAACAAUGUCUAUAAGUGGUAAAACCAACUGGGAUAUUCUAGACCAUGCUGUCAGGAAAACCUUUAAAGAGCAUGUGCUGCGGGUGGAUCCAGUGACAAACCUCGGACUCAGCGCAGAAAGCAUUUAUUCUUACAUAGUAGGGGAAAUAACCAGGACUAAGGAAUCUGAGGUUCCUGAAUUACUUCCUAUUGGUUACUUCGUUGGAGAGACUACCCAAAUUGAGAUCUGCCUAAAAGGAACAAAACAGUCCUGUGUUGAUUCACUGGCCUUUGAGACAAUGCUUCCCAAAACAGUCAUCCAGCGUUAUAUAUCCUUGCUGUUGGAGCAUCACAGGAUCAUCUUGUGUGGGCCCAGUGGGACAGGAAAGACAUACCUGGCUCAGAAACUGGCUGAACAUGUUGUACUCAGGUCAGGAAAAGAACUCACAGCUGGAUCUGUAGCCACAUUUAAUGUAGAUAACAAAUCUGCCCAGGAGCUGCGACAGUACCUGGCAAAUAUUGCAGACCAGUGUGAGAGUACCAACGUUCAUGCAUUGCCUUCAGCCAUAAUUCUGGACAACCUCCAUCAUGUAACUUCCUUAGCAGAUGUCUUCAAUGGUUUUAUGAGUGCCAAAUAUCAGAAAUG